GUGUGUGUGUGUGUGUGUGUGUGUGUGUGUGUGUGUGUGUGUGUGUGUGUUUUUCUCAGGUGACGCAGCUGAGCGCCGUUAGUGAAGAUGGCGAGUGCAGAGACCGCAGCGGAGCACGAGCGUAUCCUGCGGGAGAUUGAGAGCACAGACACUAACUGUAUCGGUCCCACACUCCGAUCAGUCUACGAUGGGCAAGAGCAUGGACUUUUUAUGGAGAAGCUGGAGGGGAGGAUUCGCAACCAUGACCGUGAGAUCGAGAAAAUGUGCAACCAUCACUUCCAGGGCUUUGUGGACUCCAUUACAGAGCUGCUCAAAGUUCGUGGAGAGGCCCAAAAACUCAAAGGUCAGGUGACUGAGACCAAUCAGAAGCUGCAAAGUGAUGGCAAGGAGCUGCUGACAACCAUGGAUGAGUUGAGGCAGUGUCGUUUGCAGCAGAGGAACAUCGCAACCACCAUUGACAAGCUCACACACUGCCUGCCAGUGCUGGAAAUGUACAGCAGACUACAGGAACAGAUGAGGACCAAAAGAUACUACCCGGCUUUGUGCACGUUGGAGCAGUUGGAGCACACCUGCCUGCCGAAAGCAGGGGGCUACCGGUUCUGUGCCAUCAUGGCAGAGAACAUCCCGGUCCUCCGCACACACAUCAGAGAUGUGUCCAUGUCUGACCUGAAAGACUUCUUGGAGAGCAUACGCAAACACUCAGACAAGAUCGGAGAGACGGCCAUGAAACAGGCACAGGUGCAGAGCUCUCGCGACAGUGAUGUCACUCACCAACAGCGGACAGGCGGUGGACGGCGAUUACGAAAGGAGGCAGGGUCAGGCACAGAGGUGGAUCGGUCAGGUGGCAGCCCACUCUCAGAGCAGGAUUCUGGGAUACUAGAUGUAGAGGAUGAAGAAGAUGAUGAGGUGCCAGGUGCUCAGGACUUGGUGGACUUCUCUCCUGUAUAUCGCUGUCUGCACAUCUACACUGUACUG